CUUACGUGAUGACGUAUGCGUAUGUUUUGACGGUAAAGUGUCAACGCACUGUAACUCGAGACCGACCAGUGAAGCUAGAGGAGCUAUUUUUCCAACGUUACACAGACUGGUUUCUAUCAUGGCGUUGAGGAGCACCGUGUGUCGCCUGUUGGUGAACCCCCACAGGUGCGCCUUCUUCUCAGCCUCCAGAGCCCAGGGGACCGCUGCAGCUACCAGACCUGAUGCAGAAAAGUCAGAUCAGAGGGCUAGACCACCUAAAGUCCAGUUCGACUGGAGGGACGCUCUGGACCUGGAGGGCCAGCUGACGGAGGAGGAGAUCCUGAUCAGGGAUUCCUUCAGGACGUAUUGCCAGGAGAAGCUCAUGCCUCGAAUCCUGCUGGCAAACAGAAAUGAAGUGUUCCACAGAGAGAUUGUGUCUGAAAUGGGAGAGAUGGGAGUCCUGGGCCCAACGAUUAAAGGGUACGGCUGUGCCGGGACGAGCUACGUGGCGUAUGGUUUGAUUGCCAGGGAAGUGGAGAGGGUGGACAGCGGCUAUCGCUCUGUCAUGAGCGUGCAGUCAUCGCUGGUCAUGCACCCUAUUAAUGCUUACGGCACAGAGGAGCAGAAACAGAAGUACCUCCCAAAGCUGGCUCGUGGAGAGAUCCUGGGCUGCUUCGGCCUGACGGAGCCCAACCAUGGCAGCGACCCAAGCGGCAUGGAGACCAGAGCUAAAUAUAACCCGUCCAGCCGCACCUACACCCUGACCGGCUCCAAGACCUGGAUCACCAACUCUCCGGUGGCGGACGUGGCCGUGGUCUGGGCUAAAUGCGACGACAGGAAGGUCCGCGGCUUCAUCCUGGAGCGCGGCAUGAAGGGCUUCUCCACCCCAAAGAUUGAAGGGAAGUUCUCCCUGAGGGCAUCGGCCACUGGGAUGAUCAUUAUGGAUGAAGUUGAGGUUCCUGAGGAGAACCUGCUUCCUAAAGCCGCCGGCCUAGGCGGUCCGUUCGGCUGCCUGAACAACGCCCGUUACGGUAUCGCAUGGGGUUCUCUGGGAGCGGCAGAGUUCUGCUUCCACGCAGCUCGUCAGUACACCCUGGACAGAAUCCAGUUUGGUGUGCCUCUGGCCCGGAAUCAGCUGAUGCAGAAGAAAAUGGCGGACAUGUUGACGGAGAUCACACUCGGUCUGCAGUCCUGCCUGCAGCUGGGCAGGCUUAUCGAUGAAAAAAAAGCGGCACCGGAGAUGAUCUCCAUGCUGAAGAGGAACAGCUGCGGUAAAGCUCUGGACAUCGCCAGGCAGGCCAGAGACAUGUUGGGCGGCAACGGCAUCGCCGACGAAUACCACGUCAUCCGCCACGUCAUGAACCUGGAGGCCGUCAACACAUACGAAGGUACUCACGACAUCCACGCCCUGAUCCUGGGCAGAGCCAUCACCGGCUUGCAGUCCUUCACCGUUGGCAAAUGAUCCAGCUCUCAACAAACAACUCUGUGGAAGGAAAUAAAAUUUUAAUUACAAGUCUGUUUCUUAAAAUAAAAAAAAAGAAAACCCAAUAUAAACUUCUCUCACAUUUGUAGAAAAUCAGAACGAUUUCCUUCAAACGAGUUCCUUCGUGUGUUUUAAACGAACAAAUCGUCUUCUAAAGAACAGAUCUAGUUCUUUAGCUGUGCGUGAACGGAGAACGAGUUUAAAAAGCUAUAGAUUUGUUGCUGUUUUGGUCCUGCAGUUAUAAAAGCAACAAAGCGUGAAAACCCAUCUUGUUUGUGAUUGCGUAUGUCUCAUUAAUGGAGCAGAAAUUGUUACAGUAAUUAUGACUUCAUGCACUUUACACACUGUAACACUAAAAUGUCGGCCUGCGAUCAUUUGAACGGAUAAACCUUAAAAGCAUCUGUUAGACGUGUGGAGAAUGUCUGUAUAUAACUGAGGCAUAAAUAAAAUCUAUUUCAUAGCA